CUAGUGACCCACAGAAUCACAAUACCCAGUUUGGUCUGACCCUACAGCACCUUCUAUAACCAACCACUGAGCCGAGAUGAGAGCGGAAGUGCCCAUAUUCCUCUUUUUGGCCGCGGCAGGACUCCAUACUGCUCUCACUGCAUCCCUGGAAACGGCAGAUAAGGAGGACACGUUGGGUGAAGACGGUAAGAAAGUUGGGUUGGAACAGCUAAGUGACCUGCAAAAGAGAGAUCAGGAGGAGUUCGAAGCAGCUCAAAUAAGUGAUGAUGCACAAAGUGAGGAUGUCCGGUACUUGGGGGCAGUUCAAGAUGAAAAUACUGAAAAGGACACUGCCAGUCAGGAGGAGGACGUAGCAGACAGAGAGACAGACCGAAACCUUGAGGCCGACCAAGAUGAAUCUGAGUCUGAUGAGGAUGUAGAUGGACUGAGGAACAAGCGAGAACACCUUGAAGCCAAUGUGGACGAAGCAGAUGAAAUGAGCAAUUUAGAUGAGGUUGUUGAGUACUUAGCCAGAGAAGAAGAUGAGGUUGUAGAGUGAGCUUGCAGGGGGGAGGCAUCAUGUGAGGAGGCGGAGCUUGCAGACCUACCGGCACCUUCUAUUACACAACUAGAAGUACUCUGUGCAGCGGAACAGCUUCCUGUAAAUAAACAGUAACAUCUUAACACUCCAUUAACUGCUGUUACUCCAUUCCUAUGAAAUAUGUCCAAAAUGUAUUUGAACUGUCAUGCUGAAAGAAAAACUACUCCUCUGAAAAACACCUUUACCUUGAAUGAAUGCACCUGCGUAUAUUUCAUCCAGUACAGGACCUAAGAAAAAACACCACCAAGGGCAUCUCCCCAGCCCCAGAUCUAUUAUUUAGUGGUGUUUGUUGUCAGUAUGAAUACUGUGGCAUCAGAACCAUCUACAACCUGUCCACUCAUCUUAGAUCAUACUGCAAGCACGCUAGUAGCAUCCAUGACUUGAAAUGUUUUACAGCGUUUUCUAAGAUGGAGUGGUUAUGUAGAAGAAACUAAAUUGAGAAACAUCAAUGGACAAAGCUAGUUUUGUAAGUAUUGCAAAAGUGCAUCACUGUUAAUGACAGGUUGCAAAACAGACACAUUUGAAAGACAUGAGACUGAGUCGCUUCCAAAUAAUGCCACAAAGGUCAACCAAAUACUUCAUGAGUGACUUUGACAUAACAUUUUUUAAACGUAUAUCCAAAAAAUACUGUUUUGCUUGAGGUGAGAACGCUACCAUAGAUUAUCAUUUUGUGUGGUAACUAAGUAAAAUUCAAGUCCUUUUUUUGUGUUGUACACUAUGGAUAAAUACACGUUUGAUAGAUUAAGGGGUUACAAAUUUCAUAAAUGUACCUUUCCAUCAGUUCAAGGUUUCCAUUAAUUUUAAAGAAUUUCAGUUCCGACCACACCUUCUCAAUAAAUUAAACCAAAGGUUUUUUUA